AUGAAGAAACAGGCCAGCAGCACGGGUGUUCUGUUAGACCAGUGCCUAGAGGCCCUGUCUGUGGUGAAUGACGCUUUUAGUGAACUUCAAUCAAAGUACUUCAGGACAUGUUCUACAGGAGAACAUUUCACUAUAGAGUUUGAGAAUCUAGUGGAAAGUGACGAGGGUGAAAGUCCAGGAAGCAGCCAAAGACCUUUAACAGAAGAAGAAAUUGCUGAUCUAAGAGCAAGGCAUUACAAUUCCAUUGCUGAAAAACAAAGAACAGUGGAUCAUAAGCUUCAGUCAGAGUUAGCCAUACAAGAGGAGAAGUUAAGAAUAGAAGAAGAGGCUUUAUAUGCUGCGCAGCGUGAAGCAGCCAGGGCAGCAAAGCAGAAAAAGCUCUUGGAGCAACAAAGGCAGAGGAUAACACAGAGAGCACAAUUGGCAAACAGUGGAGACCAUCAAAGCUCCAUGACAGAAGAGGACUUUGAUGCUUACCUGAGAAACGUCAAACUACAAUACGAAGCUUUUCGGAGUACCAGGCUCUCAUCUGAUGCUACUGUUCUGACACCAAAUACAGAGAGCAGUUGUGACUUAAUGACCAAAACCAAAUCAACCAGUGGAAAUGAUGACAGUAACUCUUUAGAUUUGGAGUGGGAAGAUGAAGAAGGUAUCAACAGAAUGAUUCCAUUGCGGGAGCGUUCAAAAACAGAAGAGGAUAUACUCCGGGCAGCACUAAAAUUUAGUGGCAAGAAAACUGGAAGUAACCCAACUUCUGCCUCUGAUGACUCUAAUGGUUUGGAAUGGGAGAAUGACUUUGUUAGUGCUGAAAUGGAUGAUAAUGGCAACUCUGAGUAUGCUGGAUUUGUAAACCCUGUCUUAGAACUGUCUGCAUCUGACAAAAAGACAUCUGAUGCUGAUCAGCAAGACAGAUAAUGAAAUCACCUGGUUGAAGUCGGACAAAAAUUUCCAAUUCUGUAUUGUGUGCAAGUCAUUGCUGCUG